GUUAAAGAAGAGAAGAGUGAUUCAGCAUUGUAGUUUUGAUUCUAAUAAUGGAAAUUAUGCUGCUUGAUCUGUUCAUGAUAUAUGUUAUAUUCAUGGUUAUUUUCUUUUUACAUGUUUUGAAAAAAAAAGAAGAAACUUUGAGGGAAUCAUUGGUGGUCCGGAAAUUCUAAAGCUGAAAGCAAUAGAAAAGAUUGAAACUUUAAUGGUUGCCGCUAGAUUUUGCGGUGUCUUUUUCUUUAUAUUCAAUGCAUAUGGGUUGGUCGGUUUUUAUAUGCUUGUCAGGUUGCCCCAUUGUCUGUUUUAACUUAUUUAUUUUUACAAUCUUAGCACUAAAAAUGACAGACCCCAUGAUUUCUUUUAUAAUAUUUAAAGAUUCUCUGAUCAUGGGAGUUCACAUUUCCGUCUUCUGUUGCUAGAUUAUGCUGUAUUAUUGUAUAAUUAUAUGUCUGUUCCUUGAUAAUUCUCACUGCCAUUCCCUAUUUUCUUUUUUGCUUUUGGCUUCUUUUCUCUUUGCAUCACUUCUUUGUGUCAACCUGUGUUUAUACUGUGUAAUUGCUGUUUGGCAUGUGCAGAAUGGUAGAUUCAAGAUUAGGCCACUGGUUAAAACUACUGGUUUCUCUGAUGUUAUUGCUGAAAACACAAGGGCUUUAUGUAGGAAUUACUUACGUAAAGAGUGCAGUGGCCAAAGGAGCUGUUUGUUUGGAUGGAAGCCCGCCGGCUUACCACUGGGAUAAAGGGUUUGGUACAGGCAUUAAUAGUUGGUUGAUACAUUUUGAGGGAGGAGGAUGGUGCAACAAUGUCACGAGCUGCCUUUCCCGUAAGAAAACUCAUUUAGGUUCAUCGAAGCUAAUGGGACAGCAAAUUGCUUUCUCUGGGAUUAUGAACAACAAGCGGCCGUUUAAUCCAGAUUUUUACAAUUGGAAUAGAGUUAAGAUCAGAUACUGUGAUGGGUCAUCGUUUACCGGUGAUGUGCAGGCAGUCAAUCCUGCUACUAAUCUUCACUUCAGAGGAGCUAGGAUUUGGCUUGCUGUCAUUGAGGAUCUAUUACCAAAAGGAUUGAAAAAUGCUGAAAACGCUCUUCUUUCUGGCUGUUCAGCUGGUGGAUUGGCUUCCAUUUUGCAUUGCGACAGUUUCCGUGCACUCCUACGGAUGGGCACUAAAGUAAAAUGCCUUUCAGAUGCUGGUUAUUUUAUCAAAGUGAAGGAUGUCUCCGGAGCCCCGCAUGUGCAGACCUACUUUAAUGAAAUUGUGACAUUACAUGGAUCUGCAAAAAAUCUGCCCCUGUCCUGCACUUCAAUGCUGAAACCGUCAUUUUGUUUCUUCCCACAAUAUGUGGCUCCACAAGUACGAACGCCACUUUUCAUUCUUAAUGCAGCCUACGAUUCAUGGCAGAUAAGAAACAUUUUGGCACCGAGUAUUGCUGAUCCCCUUGGCGUCUGGAAGAGCUGCAAGCUAGACAUAAACAACUGCUCACCUCUUCAACUCAAAUCUAUGCAAGAUUUUAGGUUGCAGUUUCUGAAUGCGUUGAAUAAAUCAACCAACUCUUCAUCUAGAGGAUUGUAUAUAGACUCUUGCUAUGCCCACUGCCAAACUGAAACACAAGAGAAAUGGUUCAUGGAAGACUCCCCAGUGCUUGGUAAAAAGAAAAUUGCAAAGGCAGUUGGAGAUUGGUUUUAUGAUCGGAAUCCAUUCCAAAAGAUUGAUUGUCCUUACCCUUGCAAUCCAUCUUGCCAAAACAGUGGUUUGGCUCCACCAAACAACCCAGAAAAGAAACCGCCAAAAGGGUCUGCAGCAUCAGUCAAUAUGAGUACGUUAUUGUGCGGGUUACUAAUGCUAAUGGGAGUGAUGUUGCCAUGAGAAUCAGUUUGUGAAAGAUGAAAUCAAGUACAUAAACCCUAGCUUUCUUUUUUGGUUGCAAUUGAGGACAGGAGUUACAUGUGUUAAUUUGCCAUGGAAACUUAUCUUUUAGGUUUCUUUAUGGUUAAGGAAGAAGUUGAUGCUGACUCACAAAGGAAAUCCACUGGAAGACAGCAGUUCCCGGAUGAUGAUGUAAUAAUGGCAGCAACAACCCCUAACAAAGCUGUGCAAGUGGAGGGAACAUCCAUCAACUUUACAUCGACGCUCGUCCUCUGGAAUUUUCUUCCUUUGCUUUUAUGUUGCAGGAGGCCUCAACAAGUUUUAUUCCAAUUCCUAAUUCUAUUAUUUGAUUAUCUUCAAAUUUUGUGAAUAAACCAGAAUUCAACCUUUUUUUUUU